UAAGACUUCAUUUGCAGGAGGUUCGACAUUUGACGUUCACUGACUAGUCAAUCCAAGCCUAACUUGGGAUGAUGUUCUAUCGAGCGGGAAGCGUUCAGAUGUCCCCUUGAAAAUGAGGAAGCCGCCGCGCCGCUCAAACCCAACCAAAUGACCACCACAGUCCCCCUCAUCUCGAACGCAACCUCUAGCCACCAAAACCACACAGUAACCCCCUUCUCUCGCCUCCAGUCAUCUCCGGCGGCACUGCACCCACCUGCGACGCUUGCAAACAACAAUUUUUCUCCUCAUCCAUCUUCCCAGACCGUAAAUCUUCGCCACCCACUUCUACGCGCUCUCAACUUCUACCGCUUCCAGCACAACUCAUCCGCUCUCACCCAAAUCCUCGCCCAGCUUGUCGUCUCCGGCCUCUUAUUCAACCCCUUCGCCGCCGGCCGUACCCUUCUCGCCCUCUCCUCACUUCCCUCCUCCCUUCCCCUCGCCGUCACUCUCUUCUUCGUCCUUCCCCAACCAGACGCCUUCGCCGCCAACAUUCUCCUCCGUUCCCUCUUCACCGCUGGUCUCCCCACCGCCGCCUUCACCUUCUAUCGCCGCCUUGUUCUUCCCUCUGCCGUUGCUCCUAACCAUUUCACAUUCCCUCUCCUUAUAAAAAUUUUCUGUUUUCUCAAUCUGCCUUAUGAGUGUAAAACGACACAUGCCAGCAUAGCCAAGCUCGGCUUUGAUGCCGACGUUUUCGUACGCAACUCCCUCAUCCACAUGUAUGCUUCCUUAGGCGACAUUGUCGCCGCUGAAAAGAUUUUUACGUUUCCAAAUAAUAUUGAUUGUGAUACCGUCACUUACAAUUCAAUGAUCAAUGGCUAUGUCAAGAACGGGAGGAUCCCUGAUGCGCGCAAGGUGUUCGACGAUAUCCGCGAUCGGGAUGUAGUAAGCUGGAACACCAUGAUUACCGGAUAUGUCAGUGCAGGUGACAUGGAUGGUGCCAAGGAGCUCUUUUGGAUGAUGCCUGAGCGGGAUGUUGUGUCGUGGAAUUCGAUGAUCGAUGGAUAUGCCAGGAUUGGAGAGGUUUCUAUUGCAAGGGAGCUCUUCGACAGUAUGCCUGUGAAGAACUUGGUCUCAUGGAAUGUGUUGCUGGCGCUUUAUGCACGCGUUAAGGAUUACAGAGAGUGCCUAGAUCUGUUUGAUGCGAUGAUUUGUGGUAGAAAUGUGAGGCCGAACAAAGCCACAUUUGUUAGCGUUCUGACCGCUUGUGCUAAUCUUGGUCAGCUUGACAGAGGUAAAUGGAUACAUUCUCUUAUCAGAGAGGUGUCCAUUGAACAUGAUGUGCUCCUAUGGACUGCUCUUCUAACAAUGUAUGCCAAGUGUGGUGCAAUCAAGUCAGCAAAAGAAGUCUUUGAUCAAAUGCCUGAAAGAGGCACAGUGUCAUGGAAUGCAAUGAUAAUGGGCUAUGGACUACAUGGCCAAACUGAUGCUGCGCUUGAGCUGUUGCUGGAGAUGGAGAAGUGUGGCUCAAAGCCAAAUGGAUCAACUUUUGUAUGCAUUCUCAGUGCUUGUUCUCAGUCAGGCUCUGUGCUUGAGGGAUGGUGGUGUUUUGAUCAUAUGAUUCGUGUUUAUAACAUUAAGCCUACAGUUGAGCAUGUUGGAUGCAUGGUGGAUCUUCUCGGCCGAAACGGUUUGCUGAAAGACAACGCGGAUUUUGUGAAGGAUUUGACAAAAAAACCACUGAAGGCAUUAUGGGGUUCAUUGAUGUCGUCUUGCUGGACACAUUCUAAUUGGGAGAUUGGGAAGUUUGUCGGGAGAAAACUAAUAGAAAUGAUGCCUGAAGAGGUUGGGCCUUAUAUCUUGCUGUCCAAUAUAUGGGCGGCUGAGGGUAAGUGGGAAGAGGUGGAAAGGGUUAGAGUGAUGAUGGAAAAGAGGGGCUUGCAGAAGGGUGCUGGAAUGAGCUUGGUUGAACUGGAUAAUGUCACAGAUGAGAGUUUGAGGGAGGAUAAUUGGUUAGGUUGCAACCCAAAAAAGAGAAUAGUCUACUCUCUGCUGACAGAGAUGGGCAGUAACUUGAAGUUGUCGUGGAAACAAUUUAGUGCGAGCAAAGAGUGUGCGUGA